AUGACCGAUCUACUCUGCGGAAACCGUAAAUCGGGAACUUUCAACGACGCUACUUUCAAGGCCUUCAAUGCAUUUGAAGAGGCACUUUCACAGGUUACACUUUUAGUUCACCACUCUCCGGAGGCACCUUAUAGCCUGACCCUUGAUGCUUCUNAUUGGCGUCGCGUGAUGGAGCUUCCAACGAUUGAGCAACUGAACUUGCAAGCAAGUCCAUCCGAAAUCGAGGAAUGGGUCGAACCAUUCGAGCUCUAG